AUGACUUCAAACUCAAACAACUCGACGGCAGACUCUCCCUGUUGUUCGUCGACCGGAGGCACCGAUACUCUCAUUAAUGACUUCCAACUCAAACAAGAGCUGCCGUCUGAGAGGGACAACAAGCAGCUGGCCUCCGUGGCUAUCAGCGUUAUUAUCGGUUUGGUUACGUGGGUUCAGUCCACCACUCCUUUAUCUCCAUCCACUUCAUCCGUCUGUGCGCUCACCACUCCUUACGACUCAAGACUCAUAUCAGGACACUAUCCAAGACUCGGAUCUUUUUAUGGCUCCUCUUAUACGGAACAGAACUCUUUUUAUACCUCCGGAACCAAUCCUUUUUACUCUUCAUUUGGAAAUCCUUACGAUUUAAAGGACCCGAAUGGUAAUCCCGGUUGGGGAACAUUACCCCAGACCACGUGCUACCUCUACGACCCCAUAUAUAGCCCAUACAGUGAAAGGUAUGGAGCGAUGGACGGAGUGUCCCGACGCAAGAAUGUGACCCGAGAUUCGACCACUACUCUCAAGGCAUGGCUCAGCGAACACCGCAAGAAUCCCUACCCAACCAAAGGGGAGAAAAUAAUGCUCGCAAUCAUCACUAAAAUGACAUUAACUCAAGUCUCGACGUGGUUUGCAAACGCCAGGCGCCGACUGAAGAAGGAGAAUAAGAUGACGUGGGAGCCCAGGAAUAGGUGCGAUGAUAACGAUGACGACGACAUCCUCUCCAGCGAUGAGGACAACGAUAAUAGCAAAGUGGAGACCACUCUUCCCGAUGGCCAACACAGCCAACACACCGCUAAUCACAGCAAUAAUAGCAGUUUGAGUGAAAGUAGAGUUUGCAAAGAUUUGCAUAUUAGCCGCCAAUACAUGGAUCCGAUUAAAGUCUUGAGGACUCUUAAAAGGUUCAUAUGUCUUAAGCCCCCUAUCGUUAGAUCCAUGACUGGAUCGUAUGGUAAGGCCAUAAGCCGGUUGUGCUAA